AUGAAGGCCUCCUUUUUGUUUCUGCUCGUGGCGUUUCGUCGCAUCUGCGGUACCCCCAACCCGACGCUUCAAUGGGACCCGGAGACGACUAAAGACUGCAUUGAAUGGUACAAUAACAGCGACGGCGAACCGUGUGAACAUGUACGCAGUCUGUUUGGGAUCACCCCCGAUGAGUUCCAUGAAUGGAACCCCUCCGUCGGUCUUGACUGCCAGCCAUGGGAGUAUCAGUCGUACUGCAUCGUUACCAUGGAGAAGAUAAACAACACAAUCACGACCACUUCAUCUUCUUCCUCUACAGCGACUGUCUCUACUACCUCUGUGAUCACGCCCGGGCCCUCUCCUACCUCUUGGACCGAUAUAGGCUGUUACGUCGAGGACCCCGUGCUGCCUAUCCUCGAGGAGAACCUGAGCCCCGAGGGCGGUGAUACAGCGCUGUCUAUUCCCAAAUGCGAGAACGCAUGUUAUCUUAAGGCCUAUGUCUUCGCAGGCGUGCAGGAGGGAAACCAGUGCUGGUGUGGCAGCUACGUGGGCGGCGAGUGGGCGAGCAACCAGACUUACUGCAAUACCACCUGCACCGGCGACAGCAAGACGUUCUGUGGCGGCAAGGGACUAGUCAACGUCUUUAAAGCGGAGGAGAACGAGGAGUCUACUGGCACUACUGCUACUACUACCGGGACUUCUAUUACGACUACGGCAACAGGAUCUGCUAUCAGCGAGACACAGUCGUCCGGGGCAAUCAGGAACCUGGCAUUGUUAUGA